AUGUACAGCAAAACAUAUUGCCCCUACAGCAAGAAGCUAAAGAAAAUGCUCAAUCAUUAUGCUAUUGCUGAUCUCAAAGUGGUAGAACUGGAUAAACAAAAGGAAAUGAAAAACAUGCAGAAUGUUCUCAAACGCAUGACUGGUCGAUCCACUGUGCCACAAUUGUUCAUUGACGGUGAAUUUAUUGGUGGCCAUGAUGAGAUGAGACUAAUUGUGGAUCGAGGAGAACUUCAGGAAAUGCUGAUGAAGGCGAAAGCUCUAUGA